AUGAUGAAUGAAUAUGAAUUUUGUAUUGUUGCACAUAAUCAAGCUGGUGUAAGUGCAUAUUCAAAAAAGCAGAGUGAUCGUUUACAAGUAACAAAUGAGUGUGGCACAGCAACAUCAUCUAUUGAUAUUCUGGUUCAGACAGUUCCAUCAUUACAGAUAACUUCUAGUGGUGAAGCUUAUGUUAAUCUUGUUUCGUAUACAUGUUCAAAAGAUAGUGAAAGUGAACUUCAAUAG